GUGCGAGAAAAGAUUGUCCAAAAUGGAAAAUGAAAUGGACUGCUGCUGAUAAGUGGUAGUGUACAGUAUAUUCUUGGUUUAAGCAGAUUUUCCUAUUAACAAUCGCUAUAAAAUAAUCUAUCUUAAGUAACGUGUUUCAAUAAAAAGUUUAAAUAAGAAAAUGAUUGUUAAUUUUUGCCAUUGUGUCUCUAAUGUGCCCUUUUCCUUAUUAUGAAAAUGUGUCAGCGUUCAUCAACAAAUGGUGUAAAACGCGAGUGCUUAGUAGUCAUGUAAAUGAGGUUAGAACUGUUGAUGAUAACUGAAAGUGGACUACUGGAUUUAGAUUAGUGUUUGUGCAGUGAUUUAGUGUUUUAGUCUGGCGAAGGUGUUAAUUCAGACUCAAAAUGGCGGAUCUCGAAGCUGUACUGGCGGACGUCAGCUAUUUGAUGGCAAUGGAAAAGUCUAAAUGUACCCCAGCAGCCAGAGCAAGUAAAAAGAUUGUUCUACCUGACCCAAGUGUACGGAGUGUUAUGCACAAAUAUAUGGAAAAGAAAAAUGAAGUUAAUUUUGACAAAAUAUUCAAUCAAGUCUUAGGUUAUUUAUUAUUUAAGGAAUUCUGUGAACAAACGUCAGAAGAACCAGUGCCACAAUUAAAGUUUUACGAGGAGAUCAAAUUAUAUGAAAAGCAAGAAUGCGUGGAGGAGAGGCGGCGGAUCGCAAGAGACAUUUACGAUAAUUUUAUUAUGAAAGAACUCCUUGCUCAUUCCCACGAUUAUUCUAAAGAGUGCGUAGCGCAUGUACAGAAAUAUCUAUUGAAACACGAAGUACCACCGAACCUAUUCGAGCCAUACAUUGAAGAGAUAUUUCAACAUUUACGAGGAGAACCAUUCAAAAGUUUUCUAGAAAGCGACAAAUACACGAGGUUUUGCCAAUGGAAGAAUUUAGAGCUGAACAUUCAACUAACGAUGAACGAUUUCAGCGUACAUCGCAUCAUCGGACGAGGAGGCUUCGGCGAAGUGUACGGAUGCAGGAAAGCCGACACAGGAAAAAUGUACGCAAUGAAAUGUCUCGACAAGAAACGUAUAAAGAUGAAGCAAGGUGAAACCCUCGCGCUCAACGAGCGAAUUAUGCUCUCUCUAGUCAGUACCGGGGUGGACUGCCCAUUCAUAGUCUGUAUGACGUAUGCCUUCCACACACCCGACAAGCUUUGUUUCAUAUUGGAUCUCAUGAAUGGCGGAGAUCUUCAUUACCAUCUGUCGCAGCACGGCGUCUUCAAUGAGGCUGAAAUGAAGUUUUACGCCGCAGAAGUUAUAUUAGGACUGGAGCAUAUGCACAAACGUCACAUCGUGUACAGAGAUUUGAAGCCUGCGAACAUCUUACUGGAUGAGCACGGUCACGUCAGAAUAUCGGACUUGGGUCUCGCCUGUGAUUUCUCCAAGAAGAAGCCUCACGCUAGUGUCGGAACCCACGGCUACAUGGCGCCCGAAGUGCUGUCCAAGGGCACGGGCUACGACUCGUCGGCAGACUGGUUCAGCUUCGGCUGCAUGCUCUACAAGCUGCUCAAGGGCCACUCGCCCUUCCGCCAGCACAAGACCAAGGACAAACACGAGAUCGAUCGGAUGACCCUGACCAUGAAAUAUAAUGUUCACCAGAACGUGGAACUGCCGGAGUCCUUCAGUCCGAGUCUGAAGAGUCUGCUCGAAGGUCUGCUGCAGAGGGACAUCAACAAGAGACUCGGCUGCAAGGGCAAGGGGGCGGAAGAAGUGAAAGAGCACGUGUUCUUCGCCGGAAUCGACUGGCAACAAGUGUACCACCAGAAAUACACUCCGCCCCUCAUCCCGCCCAGGGGCGAGGUCAACGCCGCCGACGCCUUCGACAUCGGCAGCUUCGACGAGGAGGACACCAAGGGAAUCAAGCUCACCGAAUCGGACCAAGCGCAGUACAAGGACUUCCCCCUGGUCAUAUCCGAACGCUGGCAGAGCGAAGUGGCCGAGACGGUGUUCGAAACCGUCAACCAGGAGGCUGAUAAAAUGGAGAUGAAGAAGAAAUCCAAGCAGAAGCAGAAGUUCGACGCCGACGAGAAAGAAUCCGACUGCAUACUCCACGGCUACAUCAAGAAGUUGGGCGGCCCCUUCGCCAGCGCCUGGCAGACGCGCUACGCCAAGCUGUACCCCAAUCGCCUCGAGUUGCACCUGGAAAACAGCGCUAAGCCGGAAAUGAUCCUGCUGGACAUAGUCGAGGAGGUCUCCUCCGACCUGGUCUCCGUGAAGGGAGAACAGUGCAUCGUGCUCAGGACCAGAAACGACACGAAGGUCGUGCUCACCAACACGGACGAAAUAGGUCUGAAGGAAUGGGCGACUUCGCUUCGCUCCGCCCACAAGUGCUCCCAGGAGCUGCUCGCCUCGAUGGCGAAGAAGGCCGGCAAGAUAUACGGCACGGACGGGGCGAAAGAGUUGGCCUCGGCGCGACCCCCGCCGGUGGCUUCGCCGGCCCUCCCCAGAGCCCCCAACGGGAACAACUAGCACGAGCUUCCCGCGCCCAACAAGGGCGCGAAGAUGUUCCGCCGCUCCAAGAGCGCCGCCCAACUCAUCAAGUGAACCGACCCUCGGCUCGUCUCGGGGCAGUCGAGCGUCCGCCGAAAGUGCCGAGUGAGAGUUGGACUGCCAUUUGUGCAGAGCGAAUGCGGAUGCGCAUCGUGUGAUAGAACCGUGUGAAGAUAUUUCGAUUUGCACGGACUCCAAACUCUGUAAUUACUAUGACCUUCUGGAUGUCGUAUUAACUAUGUGGUAGGUAUAUUGUAAAGUUAUUAUUAACGAUUAACUAUUAACGGUUAACGGUUAACGCGACGUUAAUCGGACGUAGCGUUUACGUGUGUUUCGUGCAAUAGAUCGAUUCUAUUAAUUAUGAACGAUUAGAGUUACGGCGAACGGGACGUUACGAUCGCUUCGUAUGAAAUAUUGAAUAUUGAAUAUUAUAUUUGGAUUAGGACCGAGCACCGACUUCCGCCGACCUUAGCACGUAGAGUAUCCCGAUAGAGCUAAAUCACUCAAUUAAUUUUAUAUCGAACGGCUCUCUCGCGCGACUGAAGUUCCUUCUGAAGAAAUACAGCAUUCGUGUACUAUUUAUUGAUUUGUACUUAAAAUUUCCAUUUCGUGUCGAUACUUGCUACGUGUUUACGUUUCGUUGUUAUUUAUUUUCAUAGAUUUGACGUAAGUAGAUGUAACUUUUUCUAUUCGUACAGAUAGGGGCAAUAAUCUUCUUACGACGUAGGCGUGUUUAGACUUCUUCGAGCCUUUUCCUUUGAGUGACCGAAAGAUCGCAUCGCGAGGAACAGCUCCGACUGAGGGCAGACUGAUGCAGAUUUAGUUCGUCACUAUCUCUCGAUAUCGAUUUGUAUAUAAUUAGUAUUUAAUCGUUGCCACUUGCACUUUUAUAUGUUUAUAAACGAUGCGAGUAUUUCUCCUAUUUGUAUUUGUGACGAGAAAUGUGCUUACGGCUACUCAACGUAGGUUUUCUGCUUCGGGUGACUCCAGUGGGCCAAUCUUAUGACCUUGACGAAGUGGUCUUAGUGGUAAAUAAUACUCGAAUGGAACUUCUAGUGGCUAAUGUUGAAAGGUUCGUCUAUAGAUGGCGGUAGCUUAUAAAUACCUUUUUUACUAAAAUCCUGCCUUUCUUAAUUGUAACGUAUUGCGUAUAUUUCAAAGUUGAACCGAUUUAAAAAUAACAGUUUUAUUUGUUGUACCUGUUGUUAUGUUCUAGUGUUUCUAUAUUUUGUAAAUUUUCAAAUUUGUUAUUAGAAUGUUAAUGAAGUAACUGAAUAGAAUAGAAUUAGAUUCUAGUCAAUUAAAUUUACGAUACUGAUCCUGUUGAAUUAGGGUGGAAUUAAAGUAUAGCGGUGAAUGUGUAAGCAGUAUUAUAGGUUAGUUGAAUUGUCAGCCCCUUGUGAUAAUUUUUCAUAUUCUAUGGACAUUUAUAUGUCGUUUGCGUACAGUUUGCUAAUAAAAUUUAAUUUGAAUCGACUUUUUUUAUAAUGUAAAUACUGCAAUUCUUUACAUUCCUAGAUCACAAAUGUGUAUGAACAAUAGAGAUGAAUUUACUUUAGUGUUUCCUUUGCGCUCGGCCAUUGGCUUCAGUCGGGGCAAAGGGCUAAAUCUGCAUCAGACGUUGAGUCGUCGUAGAUACCUCUGUUAGAUAUUUUUAUUGUGAACCUACAUUACAUGUAGUAAAUUGUUUAUUUAAUCA